UAAUAAAAGAAAUUUAAAAAACGUCACGAAAUAAAAACAAAACCAAAACAAAAUAUAUUAUGCAGUCACUUCUCUCUCUUCAUCAUUCUUUUCGACACUUUUCAUUUCAUCAAACCAAUUCUUCUCUUCUUUGUUCCAGCUCUUUAUCAUCACCCUCCAUCAUUUUUCAUUUGACCCGCAACCCAAAUUCACUAAAGAUUAUCAUUCAUAAUUUUCUUUGUUUUCAAUUACUUUUCAACAUAUACGUUGAACAACCAAAAAGCAGAUAAUUGAUAUUGAUAUUGAUAUUUGAAUUGUUCAUUAUUGAUUGUUAGGUGAAGCCCAAAACAAAAGUAAAAUUCGAAAUAAUGGCGAUGACGGCACGUAAUCCGAUAUCGGAAACGCAGGAACCAAGCGUAGAUACAGAUAAGUUGAGUUACGAAAUUUUUUCGAUUCUAGAAAGCAAAUUUCUAUUCGGCUAUGGAGAUAAUGAAAACAAGGUUAGUUGGAUUCAAAAACAAAUUAUAUCUCCUACCCAUGAAUUUUCUCCACAGGUAGCCGUAGCAACUCGUUUUGAUCAACCUUCUUGUGACGCUGAUGGGGUUAGUUUGGCUAAGAAUCAACGGGGUAAAAUCUGUAUACUAAGUAUCGACGGUGGAGGAAUGAGGAAUAUCAUAUCGGGAAAAGCGUUGGCUUAUUUAGAACAAGCGUUGAAAGUAAAAUCCGGCGACCCAGACGCAAGAAUCGCUGAUUAUUUCGAUGUUGCUGCCGGAGCCGGGGUUGGGGGUGUAUUUACCGCCUUUCUUUUUGGGUCAAAGGAUCAUAGCCGUCCGUUAUUGAAAGCGGAAGAUACAUGGCGGUUUCUGGCUGAACAAGGGAGUAAAAUUUAUCGAUCAUCCAGUUCAGGAUCAUCAGGGGUUUUUAAGAGGUUGUUGAAAGGUGGUGGAAGUGGUUCAGGAACUUCAAGCCGGUCUACAACGGCUUCUUUAGAGAAGCUUUUGAAAGAAAAAUUUAUGAAAAAAAAUGGCGGAAGUUUAACAUUGAAAGAUACAUUAAAACCAGUUUUGAUUCCUUGUUAUGAUUUAUCAAGUACGGCGCCAUUUUUGUUUUCUCGUGCUGAUGCUUUGGAAACUGAUGGGUUUGAUUUCCGGUUAUGGGAAGUUUGCCGGGCUACAUCGGCUGAACCGGGUAUAUUUGAACCGAUUAGUAUGCGGUCCGUGGAUGGUUCGACCCGGUGUGUGGCGGUUGACGGUGGGUUGGCGAUGGGUAACCCGACGGCGGCGGCGAUAACCCAUGUGUUGCAUAACAAACAGGAAUUUCCAUUCGUGCGAGGAGUGGAAGACAUAUUGGUACUUUCUAUUGGAACGGGCCAGCUUCUAGAAGGUAGUUACGAAUAUGAGGAGGUGAAAAGUUGGAAAUCAAAGCAGUGGGCUAGACCCAUGGCCCGAAUUGCCGGUGAUGGGUAUACUGAUUUGGUGGACCACGCCGUUGCUAAAGCUUUUGGACAGUGGCGUUCUUCCAAUUAUGUUCGUCUUCAGGCAAAUGGAUCAAGCUUUGGACGAUGUGGACCGAAUAUGGAUACAGAUGCAAGUCCAAACAACAUCAAAAUGCUGGUACAAGUAGGGGAGGAAAUGCUGAAACAAAAUAACGUAGAGUCGGUUCUUUUCGGAGGCAAGAAAAUCAGUGAGCAGAGUAAUUUCGAGAAACUGGAUUGGUUUGCAGAAGAGCUCGUGCUGGAACAUCAAAGGCGGAGUUGCAGAAUCGCUCCUACCGUUGCAUUCAAGCAAGCUAAUCCAACACCAACGUAGGCUCUUACAAAGCUUUUUGCCAAGGAGAAAAACCCAAAAAAACAGACAAAAGAAAGGUAAAUAAGUUGUAUUUAUAAAGUAAAGUAGUACUUCAGAAAAGAAGGGGUGAAGAAAAUAGUAGUAGCUUUAACUUUAUGUAAUCAGCACAAGAAAAAGAAUUGAUUGGUUAUAAAGUCGAAGAAGAAGAUCUUGCUGGGAUUCCUUUGCCUGCCCUUUGCCUAUCAAUUCAUUUUCACUUAAAAAAAAAGGAAAAAAGUGCAGCAAGAAAAGUGCAGAAAAAAAUCGCUUAGUCUUAUUUUGGAGAAGGAAAACAAUCAGGUCAACACCUGAAAUCAUACUCCUACUCACCUAUACUUUUUUUUUUUUCCUUUUUUUGUUUUUCUUUUUAGCUAUCACUUUCUGCUUUCUCCGUUUUAUAAUGUUGGUUACAGUGGACUUUUUUUACGCAUUUUCCAACUAUAAUUCAAGUCUUAAUGAAUAUAUAUAUAUAUAUAUAUAUAUACAUUGAGACGAAUUUGACAAGAUAUCGCAUGAGGUGUUCAUUCUGGUCAUCUGGCUGAUUUUGAGUUAUGUGUUUCGAAUCGAUUUAAAAUUGAAUGUUGUGUAUAUAUUGAUUUUUACAUAAUUGUAAAUGUAAAUUAUUUUUAAAUUCGAGUCGAAUUAAGUUCGGUUAUAAAAUCGGAUGAAUAUCAUAUUAUCAGACUGUUUUGAACACCUCUAUGGAUAUAUUUUGACUUCUAAUAUCCAUGAAAAUUGGUUUGAAAUUUCUUUUCCGUGUAUAUUAGAAUAUUCAAAUGUAACCAAUGAUAUGAAAUGGAGAUGGAGGGAGUACUAUUUUAUGUUAGUUUGAGAAAAGCAGAAAUCAUUUUUGACUAAAAACAAAAGUUGUAUUGGUUGGUUUCUCAUUCUCACCCAAUUUGUGUCUUGUGUGAACACACAAGUUUGAUAUGUAAUUUUAUGUAUUGAAAAUUGAUUCUUGAAUAGUGAAUGAUUCAUCGUUUUCAUCA